GUGAGUUUAUGUGUGAGGAUCUCUUGAAUUCGAAGGAAUUGAGAACAGUCGAACCGUUUCAGUUCAUCUUUUGCAAGACGAAAUAUCUCAGUUACUUUUGGAGAAGUGUUUUGAUUUACCUGGAACUUGUCUUGCCGAUGCAGGAGCCAACAAUGUGCCUGGAAAAUGAAAACCAACGAAGUUACUCGCUAACUUUGUCAGGCUGAAAGCCAGUUAUUCAUGUUGUAGCGACCGACCGAGGUUUGGGAAUCAUGAGCACAGGUGUGAAGAAGCCGCCAUUGGCGCCCAAACCAAAGAUCGUUCGGCCGCAGAAGCCAGGGCCCCCGCCCAUCGCCCCGAAACCCGACGUCUCCCUGUCCUGCCCUUCCCCCGCGGCCCUGAAAAGAGCCAAACCGGCCCUCGCUCCCAAGCCAUGCCUCCCGAAGGCCCCCCCCUGUCCGGACCCCAAAGCUGUACCCUCGAAGGGCGGGCCUCAAACCUGCGCCCGGGAGAGGAGGGGCAGCUCGGACAAGCUGGGUGCGCUGAACUCCAGGAACGGGCUGCAGACGGACCUCGGCGAGCCCGACUCCGAUUAUAUCAUUCCGACGUGCGGUUGCGGCCGGCGCGGCUGCCCCCAGUGUCGCCGCGAGGACGGCCGCGAGACCACGCGGAUCGUCAUCGCGCCGCUGGAGAGCCUUCAGAACGGCGGGCCGGACGGGUCCGGCACGCGGGUUUCGCCGGUUCCCAGAGUCCGGACGAAGACGGAGAUCGCCCGUGACAACACGGGGAGCGGCAAGAGCCAAGUGGUCAACACCAGCUUCCUGGAGCAGAAGCUCAAGGACGUGUGGGUCCAGGCCGUGUCUGCGAAUAACUGCCACCUGAAGCACCGGCCUCGGGAGAAGACCCCAGUGCAGAAUGGGAAGGCUGGGACGACCAAUCAGAACCUGAACCCUGUUCAAAACAGCAGUGGCUCUGGCAGGAUGCCUCCCGAAGGGUCACAGAACGAUGAUGAUGUUGAGAGCCUCGCCGGUCCUGGCGAUGGUCAACUGGAGGAUGUCUCUGAAUCUAUCGAGGCCUCAGUGGAUGCCCCAGAGGAAUGUGGGGAGGAAGGGCGGCACCCUGGCGGACCACGCCCUGCACCUCAAGUCCCCGCCGCCCCCAGGAAACCCCUCCCCGUUCCCCCACUGCGGAAACCCAGGAAGCCGGGCCUCGUGAGGCAGGACGGCACGGAGGAGCUGCGGGAGGAGGCGGAACAGGCUGAGGAAAAGGUCAGAGGCUUGUCAGUUGUGAGGAACAGCCCGUUCCUCUCCCCCAAAGUUUUCGUUCACACGGAGAGUGUCACCUACGCCAGAAGCCCUUCAGCCAAUCAGGAGCAUUCCUCUGCCUCCAGGGGCCUUGACAUGGAAGAGGACUCCGCCGUCCCCAUCCCUCCCCCCCGCCAGACGUCCCUGACCUCUACCCCGCACAAGCACUUGGACCUUUCCUACAUGGGUCGCUCGAGGGAAGAGGAGGAGGAGGAGGAGGAGGGUGAAGAGUUCUCGCAGGUCACCCGCGCCACCUCUGAAACCAUAAACUCCGCUGAGGACGAGGAGGGAGAAGGCCCCGGGUUCGCACAUUACCCCACCAGGAGCCUGCCCAAGCAGAUCAAGCUCAACUGCAACCUGCCGCUGUCUGUGGCGACGAAGGCGGCCUCCGUCGAGGAGCGGUCCCCGAAGGUCGCCCCGAAGAAGCCGCAGCGGCACAGCCUGCCUGCGUCGGGGCAGCUGAGGAAAGAGCCGUCCGAGGAGGUGCCUGAGAGGAGCGCCGAGGCGGGCGGCGGGAGGGGUCCUUCGCCCACCUGGGAGGAAGAGGACCAGAGGCCUUGCUCAGACGAGAGAGGGAGCGCCGUCACAGAGAGCGAGAGCCCCACGAGAGAGCUCCCGCCGCCCCCCGUGGAGAAGGCAUUGUGGCGAACCAUCGUGCCUUUUUUCGGACGGCAGGCGUCCAGGAUCAGCAUCGCCAGCGACACCCAGGGCAAGUCGCCCGGGCCGAAACCGGGGAAGCCGCGGGCCAAGUCCUUCUCGGCGGCGGAUCUGGUGCGCGUGGACGGCCCGAAGAGGAGCUCUUUCCGGAAGCUUCUGGAGCUGAAGUUGUCGGUGAAGAUGCUGCCCAAGCUACUGGCCAAGGGCGGCCAGUCGCUGGACUGCACCACUGGGGAGAGGGAGCAGUCUGUGGACGGGGAGUUGAUCCCGGACGAGCGCCCGGACCCUCUCGCCAACGGCCGGUGCGUGAGUCCCGGCAGUGCCUCGGCCGGCCGGCGGAAGAUGUCGUGUCCGCUGAUCGGCCUGGAGCAGAGCGUGGACGACGACGACGACGACGAGUCCGGACCCGGGGUGGAGUCCGCCGUGGAGUACGAGAACCUCCCCUUUUACGAGGAGAUUCCCGAGUACAUGAACCUGCCCUUGCUGAACGCGACCCACCUGGGCUGGCACAACUCCUCCAGUAUAGAGGACGGAGAGGACAUCUACGAGGUGCAGGAGCCCUACGAGUUUCAUAAGACGGAUAGUCAUGAGGAAGACCAGUCCGCAGGGAACGGGGGUGUGAUUGACAGCUCCGAGGAGGAGGAGGGGGAGGAGGAGGACGACGCAAGCUCCGCCUCCAGCAAGGGAGAGCCGGAACCCUCCGGAGACCGCCAGGAUGAAAUACAAGCGAAGAAGAACAAGGUGGUGCACAUCGCCAAGGAGAUCAUGAGCUCGGAGAAAGUGUUUGUGGAUGUUUUGAAGCUCCUCCACAUCGAUUUUCGGGAUGCGGUGGCGAAGGCGUCCCGGCAGAGUGGGAAGCCUGUGAUCGAGGAGCGGAUCCUGAACCAGAUCCUGUACUACCUGCCCCAGCUCUACGAGCUGAACCGUGACCUGCUGAGGGAGCUGGAGGAGAGGGUGGCCCACUGGGAUGACCAGCAGUGCCUGGCGGACAUCUUUGUGAAGAAGGGUCCGUACCUGAAGAUGUACUCCACCUACAUCCGCGAGUUCGACCACAACGUGGCCCUCCUGGACGAGCAGUGCCGCAAGAACCCGGGCUUCGCCGCGGCCGUGCGCGACUUUGAGAUGAGUCCCCGCUGUGCCAGCCUGGCUCUGAAGCACUACCUGUUGAAACCGGUCCAGAGGAUUCCGCAGUACCAGCUGCUGCUCACAGAUUAUUUAAAGAAGCUUCCGGAAGAAUCUUCGGAUUACAAAGACACACAAGCUGCACUCUCCAUAGUGAAGGAGGUGGCCAACCAUGCCAAUGACAUCAUGAAACAGGGGGAUAAUUUCCAGAAGCUGAUGCAGAUCCAGUACAGUCUGAACGGACAUCACGAGAUCGUCCAGCCCGGCAGAGUGUUCCUGAAGGAAGGCACUCUUCGGAAGCUGUCCCGCAAGGUCAUGCAGCCGCGGAUGUUCUUCCUGUUUAAUGACGCCUUGCUCUACACCACGCCAGUCCAAUCAGGGCAAUUUAAACUCAACAGCAUGCUGUCUCUGGCUGGGAUGAAGGUGAGCAAGCCGAGCCAGGAGGCGUACCAGAACGAGCUGAACAUCGAGAGCGUGGAACGCUCCUUCAUCCUGUCCGCCAGCUCUGCCACAGAGCGGGAGGCUUGGCUGGAGGCCAUCUCCCGGGCCAUCGACGACCACACCAGGAAGAAGAUCACCUUCAUCUCCAGCAAGAGCCAGGAAGAGGUGGGCGGGGUGUGCUUGGACAGUGGGGCCCCCCUGGGCUCCAAGGCCCCGAUCUGGAUCCCGGACCUGCGGGCCACCAUGUGCAUGAUCUGCACCUGCGAGUUCACGCUCACCUGGAGGCGGCACCACUGCCGAGCGUGCGGCAAGGUGGUGUGCCAGGCUUGCUCCACACACAAGCACUACCUGGAGUACCUAAAGAACCAGCCUGCCCGCGUCUGCGACCACUGCUUUCCGAAGCUCCAGCGCAAGAGUGACCUGCUUGAAUCUUCCCCGGGUGGGAAGUUCGUCUCUGGGUCCUUCUCCUCUGUCCUCAGCCAAACGAGAAAACAGAAGAAGAUCCCGGCUGCGCUCAAAGAGGUAACGGCGAACACGGAGAACUCGUCCAUGAGUGGGUACCUGCUGAGGUCAAAGGGCACCAAGAAGCAGUGGAAGAAGCUGUGGUUCGUCAUCAAGAACAAAGUCCUGUACACGUACGCCGCCAGCGAGGACGUCGCGGCCCUGGAGAGCCAGCCGCUGCUGGGGUUCUUCCUCAGGGAGGAGAAGUCGGGCGAGGCGCAGAAACUGCAGUUCAAGCUCUACCACAAAAACACGCUCUUCUACAUCUUCAAGGCCGAGGAUGUGCAGACGGCCCAGAGAUGGAUUGACACUUUCCAGGAAGCCAUGGUCCUUUGACUCUUCUUUCACUGCCCCCUCAAGCGCUACGCUGAUCCUGCAGUGAAAAUCUGCAGUCGAGCGGCAGCCAUCUUGGCUCCUGCGUCUCCUUCUUUCCCGGGAUGGUACUGUAAGACAUCAGGACCCUCGUCUUUUCCCUGCGCCUCCGUCGACCCGAAACACGCAACGUCCAGAAAGUGUGCUGGAGACGCAAAAUGGUGCCCGUAAAAGACGCAGUUUCUGUGGGGAAUGGACGAAUGAGCUGUGCCCUUCCGUGCCUUGAAUCUGUCCGUCCGAUGUUCCUUCACCGCAGGAGGGCGCUGGUGUUGAGUUGCCUGGAGUAGUUCUUGCCAGCACAUUUUACAGGGAGCCGAGACAGGCUUUGAGGCCUAGUCCUCGUCACUGCCCGCGGAUCUGGUUUUUUUAAAAAAGCAUGCGAUUCUGCCAUUACAUGGAGCGGCGAGAUCCAAGGCACCGGGAGGACGUUACAGCCCGGGUGUCACCUGGCGGCCUGUGGUGAUUGGGCUUGAUCACCCUACUGAGCUGCAUUGCACUGUGCGGGAUUAUUGGUCUCAACUGUGAAGUCGUUUGAACGCUAAAGACGGAGCGGAAAUGCACUUUCUCCAGUGUUUCUGAAACGAAAACUUUUUUUUUCUUUUUUUUUUUUAAAGGAAAGUUUUUAAACCUCCUACUGAAGUCCAUUUUAAAUGUCUAAAUGACUGGAGGACUUAAAGCAGGACUUUAAAGUCAUGUGUUUUUGCCGUAUACUGGGACAACUGGAAAUGUGUGGAGGAAAAAGUCCUCGCAUGCAAUGGAGCACAAGGACAAUGUAAGCGUGUGAGAGGGGCGAUAAUGUACAAUCAACACUGUUCACUUCCCGUCGCCGUGCUCACUCUAAACCAGUCCAGGUAGAGCCGCUGAGUGAGUCUAAAUGUUUACAUGUCGUAGAAUUUGAUUGGCUACUGUAGGUCACAAGUGCUGAAUCACAAGCAAUUUAGUGUUGUUGCAUUUUGAGUGGUUUGCGGAAACAAGCAAAGUUCUGUUUCGGGGCCGAUGUUCAAGUCUGAAAAGCACUCUGGAGAACCUGGAAGUUAUAUUCCAUUGAUAAAAGCCCAUCCAUUUAAAUAAUAUUACCCACAAUGUAUAUCUGUAUUGCUUCUGAAUAAGCAGAGGGGUAAUGUAUGCCAGUUUGUAAGAUGUCUUUGCCAGUCAUUUGGUCAAAAAUUACUAGUUUGUUUGGGAGCAUUGCAAUUACUUGCCCUACUGAUGACUGAUUUUUUUCUGGACCAAAUAUUUUUGGGAAUGCCUGCAAGAGUUACUGAAUCCCAGUUUGGGUUGCCUCAUGUUUAGUUUGUACAAGUUACAAAAAAAUAGCAAGUUUGUUACGUCCUGAAUCGGAAUUUUGUUCACAGAAAUGUUUAGGGGCCCCAUUCAAAAGUUUGUUGCCCACUGUGUCGUUCUGUAUACACAGGUCACAGAAGUAUUUAAGUGUCACUUGGUAUGAACCCAUUUUCCAGCUUCAAAUUGAGUUGGCCUCAAAAACAGAGCCAGGUGUAAUUAUCCAAGGUUAAUUUAUUUUGAAUUUUAUAAAGUUUACAUUUUGUAAUUACAUUUUUUUUGGUCUGGUCACCAUUGCUUGCACUGCCUUGUUGGAGAACGGGGUUCAUGG